AUGGCAAAAAUUGCGCUUGUCGGUGCUGGGGAUGUAGGCAUUGCCUUUGCCAAAGAGUUCUGCAGAUCAACUCACCAUAUUGUAGUCCUCACGGGGUCCGAAAAGUCGCAGCUCAAAGACAUCAAUGUCGAAGUUCGUCUCACCGACUACAGCACCGACUCCCUCCUCCGCAAUCUACAAGAUUGUGAUGGCGUUAUCUCGACGCUGAGUGGUCCCAGUGAUUUCUACAUCAAGGCUCACUUAAACAUCCUCGAGGCUUGCAGUCAGAGUGUCCGGUGCAAGCACAUGAUUCCCUCUGAGUGGAAUAUCAACCUUGAAGAUUUUCCGGAUCUGCCAAUGUUCAGCGGUCCGACGCACGAGGUGGUCCGCAGCAAACUGCGAUCUCAGCAGGAUGUGAAAUGGACCAUGAUAUGCCACGGAUGGUUUAUGGAAUAUCUCCUGCCUCAGCAAAAGAACCCACUUCGCGAGAUUGGGAUCGCUUGGGCUAUGAAUCACCAGAAAAAGGUUUUUGACAUUUACGGAGACGGCUCGCAGCAAGUGACCUUGACGACUGUUGGCGAUACAGCCAGGGCUACACUGGCCUUGAUUGCCGACAGCAUUGCAACUAGGUCCGAAAUGCGACAAGCUACGCUUCUGGCUGGAGAAUCAAUCACUUACAAAGAUCUCUUCGAAGUUGUCAAGAGGCAAGACACUACAUGGCAGUCGAGGAGCGUCACCUUGACGGAGGCCGUGGAUCAGCUCUUGAGCUCUUCAAACUCCAAUAGCCCUGAUACGGCAAUGCAUCAAUUGAGAAUUCAGGGUUUCACAAGUGCAAACCAUAAUCCGAAGGAAAAGGUCCUGGGUUGGGGCGUGGGGCCUCUUACAGGAUUACAUCCGACGAGUAUUCAGGAGUUUCUUGAUGAAGCUGGACGCCUUUGA